AUGGAAACCAUUGGCCAGUUUCGACUUAAUCACUCUAGACCACGAAUACCAUAUGCAAGAUUUGAGUCUCAAAGUGACUACGAUUUUGCCAGAUUUGAAGGGCCUUGGAGUGUUCUUGAUCAUUACAUGGUAGUUCAGGAGUGGGUUCCAAACUUUAGCCCACGGAACAAUAAGACUAUGAAGUUACUAGCAUGGGUUAGGUUCCCGACAUUGCCGGUCGAAUACUUUGAUGAUCUGUUCUUGAUGAAAAUCGCAAGGAGAGUAGGACGCCCUAUAAAUAUCGACUCCACCACGAGCCUCAUUUCCAAAGGAAGCUUCGCUUGGGUUUGUGUCGAACUAGAUAUCUCUAAGCCAUUGUUGUCUAAGUUUACCCUCGAGGAAGAGGUAUGGCCGGUAGAAUAUGAAGGAUUGCAUCUCGUAUGUUUCAAAUGCGGCCUCUAUGGUCACAAAGAGAAUCAAUGUGGGGUCGACAAUGUUCAAAACAUCCAUGAUCCAGCUUUGGGUGAGGAUCGCAUGGCGCAAGAAGUUCAUGAACCAAGGAAGGAUUACUCAGCAAACUACGGAUCUUGGAUGCUAGUCACAAGAAAGGAUCGAAGAGGAGCACGGAGGGGAGGUAACCGUCCAGCCACCGGAGGGAAGACCGGUGGAGCAACUGUUGGCAACGGCAUGGGGAUACAGUCGCGCUUUUCACCGCUGGCUAACCAGGAGGAAGAAGGAGGUGAGCCACCCAACGAAGGCCACCAGACCAGCCCCCGUAAUCCAGAACAUGAAUGA